AUGGCGCUGCGCGAAUUCAAGGCCCCCGUCAGCUACGAAAAGCAACAGAAGGCGUUCGAGGUUUUCCUGAGGGACUUCAAGACGUCGCCCGAGCAGACCAUCACGACCGCUCUUGGAAACAUCACCAUCGACGAAGAUGAACUCAGCGACGAGUAUGACUUCAUGGACGAGGACGAGCAGGCGGGGGGGCGCCGUCGCAACGACAAGGAGCGUAGACGACCGCCCCAGCACAAGUACAAAGAAAUGCUGCAAAAGCUUGCCGACCGAACAAUUAUCGAGGCAACGAUCGACUUGGAUGACCUGGUAACGUGGGAGAACCAAAUGGAUGAUGAGGAACACCUAAGACUCGUUGACAGCAUCGAGCUAAACACCAAACACUACGUCGAGAUCGUGUCAAGAGCUGUAGAUGAGUUGUUGCCUCAACCAAGUACAGAAGUGACCUUCAAGGACGACGUGCUCGAUGUUUUGAUGGCACGGCGCCAAGCCAGAAACCGAGAGCUCCAAGAGGCUGCGGAACGAGAUCCGACUAUUGAGGAUGAUAAGUUCCCAGCUGAGCUCACUCGACGAUACACUCUCGUCUUCAAGCCCCGGUCAGGCACUUCCAGCAAGCCCACAAAGGCCCUGGCCGUUCGGCAGGUGCGUGGAGAGCACCUCGGUCACCUCAUCACCAUCCGAGCAAUUGCCACCCGAGUUUCCGACGUGAAGCCAAUCGUUCAGGUCAGCGCAUACACCUGCGAUCGAUGUGGCUAUGAAAUCUUCCAGCCCAUCUCCGACAAACAAUACAGCCCAAUGACGAUGUGUCCAUCAGAGGACUGCAAGAAGAACCAGGCCAAUGGUCAAUUGAACGCAUCUUCCCGAGCCUCCAAGUUCUUGCCGUUCCAGGAGGUCAAGGUUCAGGAGAUGGCAGAGCAAGUGCCCAUCGGCCAGAUUCCUCGAAGUCUUACCGUCCUAUGCCACGGCACCCUGGUCCGACAAAUCAACCCCGGCGAUGUGGUUGAUAUUUCAGGCAUCUUCCUACCCACCCCAUACACUGGUUUCAAGGCCAUGAAGGCUGGCUUGUUAACCGACACCUACGUCGAGGCUCACCAUAUUCUUCAGCACAAGAAGGCCUACAGCGAGAUGAUUGUCGACCCUACCCUGGUUCGACGAAUUGAGAAGUACCGCCAAAGUGGCCAGGUCUACGAGCUACUUGCAAAGUCGAUCGCCCCUGAGAUUUUCGGACAUCUUGAUGUCAAGAAAGCGCUUCUACUGCUGCUCAUCGGCGGUGUUACCAAAGAGAUGGGCGACGGUAUGAAGAUCCGUGGUGACAUCAACAUCUGCUUGAUGGGUGACCCUGGUGUGGCCAAAUCCCAGCUUCUCAAGUAUAUAUCCAAGGUUGCCCCUCGUGGUGUAUACACCUCUGGUCGUGGAAGCAGUGGUGUCGGUCUGACUGCUGCCGUCAUGCGCGACCCCGUCACUGAUGAAAUGGUCCUUGAGGGCGGUGCCCUGGUCCUUGCUGACAACGGAAUCUGCGCCAUUGAUGAAUUCGACAAGAUGGACGACAACGAUCGCACUGCCAUCCACGAAGUCAUGGAACAGCAGACCAUCUCAAUCUCCAAGGCUGGAAUUUCUACUACCCUCAACGCCCGCACAUCCAUCCUUGCCGCCGCUAACCCUAUCUAUGGAAGAUAUAACCCACGCAUCUCUCCUGUUGAAAAUAUCAACCUCCCUGCAGCGCUCUUGUCUCGAUUCGAUAUUCUGUUCCUGCUUCUUGAUACCCCCACUCGCGAUACGGAUGAGCAACUUGCCAAGCACGUUACGUUCGUGCACAUGAACAACCGCCACCCGGAUAUUGGCACCGAUAAUAUCGUCUUUACCCCUCACGAGGUGCGCUCAUACGUCGCCCAAGCUCGUACAUACCGUCCCGUUGUCCCUGAGUCUGUGUCGGAGUACAUGAUCAAGACGUACGUUCGCAUGCGAGACCAACAACAACGAGCCGAGAAGAAGGGCAAGCAGUUCACGCACACCACUCCUCGUACUCUCCUUGGUGUCAUCCGUCUUGCGCAGGCCCUUGCUCGUUUGCGCUUCAGCAACCAGGUGUCCCAAGAUGAUGUCGACGAGGCCCUGCGCCUGGUCGAGGCCAGCAAGGACAGUCUCAAUACCGAUAUUGGUAGCGGUCGGCGCGGUCUGAACGCCAGCAGCAGGAUUUACAACCUGGUCAAGGCCGUGGCUGAUUCAGGUGCUUGCCGUCCUGACGACGCUCAGGAUGAUGACGAGCUUGGCGCUGAGUUGAGCUUGAGGAAGGUCAAGGAGCGUGUAAUCGCCAAGGGUUUCACCGAGGACCAAUGGAUGAAUGCUCUGGAAGAGUACACCACUCUCGACGUCUGGCAAACGACUGGUAAUGGCGCGAGGCUGAUAUUUGUCACUGCUGACAAUGAGAUGGAAGAAGAUAUAGACUUUUAG